UCCAAAAGUCAGAGUAAUUUUCUAAAUUCAUUUCGGCGCCUAUGGAUUAGCUUUUUGAAAAAAAUUUUAUUUUUUUUUUAAUUGUGCUCUUAUUCCUAAAUCAUUAAAGCCAAAUAAGUGAAACCUAUUUAUUGUACUUGAUAACAUGUUUAUUUAGUGGUUUAUCAAAAAAUCUAUAAUAUAAUAAUAAUUAAUAUUAAUCAUCGAAACGACGCUUGACGUCACAGCAUCGCGUCGUCCGCCGGAGGCGUCGGGACAAUGUUAGUACGUAGAGUUCCUACGCUCCAGGUUCAGUCAGCGUCGGCGUCAGCUCCUUGCCAGUUCGAUAACGUUCAGCAUCAGAUAAUAAACCAAAUUUAACUGUUUCAUACCAUUUAAUAUGAAAAUGUCAUUUCAAGUGAGUAUUUUCUUAAUUUUCCUCGUCUACAGUGCCGAAUGUUUCGAGUUCAAGCACCACGAUAACCAAGAGCUAUUUUUCGUCUUAAGGGAGGUAAACACCAAAUGCAAAAACAUAACCAGGGUGUAUGCUUUAAACGAACCCUCGGUGCUGGGUAUUCCGCUGUACGUAAUCGAAUUUUCCAGCACUCCUGGACGUCAUGAAGUUUUAAAACCGGAGUUUAAAUAUAUCGCAAACAUGCAUGGAAACGAGGUGCUCGGUAGAGAGCUGAUGCUGAAAUUGGCAGAUUAUUUGUGCGAUCAGUAUUUACAGGGUGAUCCCCAAAUACAGGCUUUAAUCCGUAAUACCCGAAUCCAUUUAAUGCCCAGCAUGAAUCCGGACGGUUGGCAGCUUGCCACUGAUAGUGGUGGUCAAGAUUAUUUGAUCGGUCGCACCAAUAACAAUUCAAUAGACUUGAACAGGAAUUUUCCGGAUUUGGACCGGAUCGCGUUUGAAAAUGAGGAGGAGAACAUCGACAGGAAUAACCAUUUGUUGGAGUUGGUUACUAGGAUUAAUGACCCUUUACAACCAGAAACCAGAUCCGUAAUCAGACUUAUAAUGCAAAUCCCGUUCGUAUUAAGCGCGAACCUGCACGGGGGUGAUUUGGUCGCGAACUACCCGUAUGACGAGAGCCGUUCGGGUAAUCAGAAGGAUGAAUACGCGGCAACACCGGACGAUGACACUUUUAGAUAUUUGGCUUUGGCUUAUUCGACCAAUCAUGCAGACAUGGCCAGUCCAAACAGGAAGGGAUGCGGCGACGUUGACAGUUCAAAGUUCGCCAAACAGGGUGGCAUUACCAACGGCGCAAAGUGGUACAGCUUACAAGGAGGUAUGCAAGACUUCAACUAUCUUUCAAGCAACGACUUCGAGCUCACUUUGGAACUGGGUUGCGAAAAGUACCCACCGGUUUCCUUGUUAGAGCCGGAGUGGGAGAGAAAUAAAAACGCUUUGAUUAAUUAUAUAUGGCAGAGCCACAUCGGUGUAAAGGGUGUAGUGUACGAUUACGACACCAAACGACCAAUCAGCAACGCCGUGGUACAUGUCACUAACGUCACUGGAGGGCAAAUGAAUGAAAUCAAGCAUGACGUCACUUCCGUUUAUGGUGGUGAUUAUUACAGAUUGUUAACCCCGGGGACGUAUAAAAUAACGGUUACUAAAGAGGGUUAUUUGCCACGCACCAAGCUGGUUACCGUGACUAACCCGAGCUUUUCCGAAGCUCAACGGGUCGAUUUUCCCUUGAAAAUUGUCGCGGUGUCGUCCUUUAUAGGAAACGACAACUAUAUAAAUUCAAAAAUUGACGAUCAUUACGCCACCAGAGACCAGGACUGGUUGGCGUGGGCUGAAGAGAGAGAGCCAAUCCUAGAGCCGAUUGCCAUCGCUUAAAAAAAUAUGUUUAUUGUAUUUAAAUAGUUUGUAGAAGAAUCUGUAUAUCAGAAUAUGUAAUUAAUUGUAAACCUAUAGUUGAUUAAAAUUAUUGUUUUAAGUUA